UGCACAUAUAUGUGUGUGUGCGCGUCAUUUUAGAGCGUGAAUUUUCGAUUCGGUAAAAAACGUAAAAAAGCUAAUCAAUAAUAUCUAUGAAUGUUUUAAAAAAUUAAUGGACUGCAAAUAAGACUACUGAUAUACGAUAAAACUCUCUAACUGUAUGUAUUUAACUCCAAACAACGCUGAGCGACGUGCAAAAGAAAAAUUUGGUUUCUCUGUGCCAAAGAAUUUACCCACACGAGUAUACGCAUACAUAUACUUAAGAACUGAAAGCCGGCUCAGCGGGAGGUAAAUUUUGCGUACGCGUGAGAUGUGAGGAAAUGCCGCGCCGGCAGCAGCCAUAUCGAUGUCGACAACGUCAACGCCAACAGCAGCAGAAACAGCAACAGCAGAAGCAACAAUUAAAACAAAAAGUAUCGCGACCCCCAGCAUAAUUAAAUAAUUGCCAGCAGAUCGUCAAUCUGAUAAAUUAAGUUUAAAGUGAGCGCAGUGCGAAAAGCGUCCGAACAUUUAAUCAAUCAAAUAAUCAGGCUAAAGUUACACACCGAACGCAAACAAACAUAAUAAACAAAAGUUCUUAAAUCGAAAAUUGAAUAAAGCGUGCAGCAAAAAUGAAGCGACGCAAUGCGGAUUGUGGCAAAUUACGUCGCCCAAUGAAGCGCAACAAAAUCACAGAGGGCAUGUAUGGCAGCACAACUGUUUUAUACAUGAAAUUUCUCAUACUUUGGGCCAUUGUGAUGGUGGCCGAUUUUAUGUUCAUGUUCCGAUUUGAAUUCCUGUGGCCUUUCUGGCUGCUGCUCCGCUCCGUGCAUGAUUCCUUCAAGUACAAGGGACUGGCAUUUUCUGUGCUUUUUGUGUGCAUUGCAAUAACAUCGGAUCUGGUGUGUUUGUUCUUCAUACCCGUACAUUGGCUGCUUUUUGCAGCCAGCACAUACGUCUGGGUGCAGUACGUUUGGCAUACAGAUAAGGGCAUUUGUUUGCCGACUAUAAUACUCUGGAUGUUGUUUGUCUAUCUGGAGGUGGGCAUACGAUGGAAAGACAGUCGACAUAUGCCGCAUUUAGAUCUAUGCCGACCUUUUGCAGCGCAUUGCAUUGGCUAUCCGGUGGUAACGCUCGGGUUUGGCUUUAAAAGCUACGUAGGCUAUCGUAUGCGCCAGCGCAAGCAGCGCGAAGUGGCAAAAGAGAAUGAGUUCUAUAUGCAGCUACUGCAGCAGGCGCUGCCUGCCGAGGAGGCUACCGAAGAGGCACAGAUAGCAGGUGCCACAGUUGUGAGCGCUGCAGCCAACAGUGCAGUCGUUGUGCCCAAUGGCACCGGAGGGGCGCCGGCAGCGCUGACCACAUCGUCCACAUCCCAGGCGAAUGGUAUUUUGGCAUCUGCAGCACAAGCACAAAAUCAUCACGAUCAUCAUCAUGGCGGCGGCGCCGGCAGCAGUGGCAGCAAUAAUAAUCAUCAUCAUCAUCAUCACCAUAACAACAACAACAACAAUAACAACAACAGCAGCAGCAGUCAUCACACCAAGGAUAACAGUACCAGCGACAGCAGCACAAUGACUGCAGCAACGGCAUCAGCAAUAGCCGCUGCAGCAGCUUCCUCAUCAUCGCCAGCAUCUCCGUCAUCGUCCACUAACACAUCGGCCUCGGCAACAGCCAGGCAAUCAAAUGCAGCAACAUUAGCAGCAGCGACAACAACAGCAACCUCAAAUGGUCAUGCUGGCGGUGGCUCAAGGAAUCAUCGGCGUAGCAUGGACAAGGAAAAGCAUCGCAACAAAGGCGAUGCAGCCGACAAUGAGCACAACAAUAGCACGCGGCAUGGCGGAAAGAAUAGCAACAGCAACAGCUAUCAGCAAGUGGAUGGCAAUGCAACCACAUCAAGUAAUAAGGAGAAGUCAGACUGGGAUAGUAGCAAUAGCAACUAUCAACAACAACAACAACAACAACAGCAACAACAACAGCAGCAGCAACAGGGGGCAAAGGACAAACAGGGUGCAUUGAACAAAAAGAAAACGCUUUAUUCGAAGCAAAUUGAUAUCGCCCCCUUGCUUGCAGACAAAAAGACGCACAAUGCUGUCAGCAACGGCAACGUCCUGCAGUUCGAGACAGAUGAGGCAGCGGCCGCUGCGGAACCAGUGCCUCAAGUAGAGAAGGCGCCGAAAGCAGGCCGCCGCAAUCGCGGUAAGAAGGACAACUCAGCCAAAGACAAUCAUAGCCAGCAGCAGUCGCAGCAUAAAGAGACUGCAGCUGCUGCCGCACCUGCUGCAGUAACUAAUACCAGUAAUAACAACAAUAACAGCAGCAACAACAACAACAACAAUGACGCCAGCUCCGUAUCGUCGUCGGCCAGCUCAACAUCGAGCAAUGCAACCGCUGCCGCCAUAUCGCACAUGGCCAGCAAAGUGGUAUCCAAGAUAUGCGAAACGUGUCUCAAGCUGGAGGCCGACGUUAAGAAAUAUCGCGCCGAAAUAAGCCAUAUGAAGCAAAUCGAAAACGAACUGCGCCAAAAGCUUGACGUGAAUCUGACCAGCAAGUCCAGUUUGCAGGCCAAGCAAAAGGAGUGCGAUGAGCUUGAGAAGCGCAUACAGGAGCUCAACAAUGCACGCCAUGCCGAUAUGCUCAGUCUGCAGACUGUGGAGCGGCGUCUCAACGAGGAGCGCCGCCAGAAGCAAUCCCUUGACGCUCAGCUAGCUAACGAGAAAAAAGCACGCAAGGCCGCCGAGGAGAAGGCUGCACGUCCUGAGUGCAGCGUCCAAUGCAAGCAGCGUCGCCAGCAAAUGGACGAGGAGCUGAAGCGAGUGCGCAGCGAUCUCAAACAGACCGAGGAAGCUAAGCAGAUGGCCGUCGAUCACGGCCGGAAGUUCGAGCAAGAGUAUCGUAUGUUGGAAGUUAAGGUACAUAAUCGCGAGUCCACGCAGGCGGAUGCUGAAAUGCUAAUGAAUGCACUGGCUUCCAUGCAAGAAAAGAACUCCACGCUGGAAAAGAAUCUAUCCGCAGAGACGAGAGUUAAGCUGGACUUAUUCUCGGCUCUGGGCGCGGCCAAGCGCCAGCUAGAAAUAUCUGACAGUCAUCGUCGGUCCAAGGAGGAUGAGGUCAUUGAUCUCAAGGCCAAGAUAGCACAGCUGCUGGCUGUUAUGCCGGAUACACUGUGUCUGAACACGGGAGCACAUGGUCCCGGCGGAAGUAUGCUGCGCAUGAACGACACACCUCCGCUACAAUCGGGCGGACCUGGCCCGUCCUCACCCAUGCUCAGCCUAAGCGUUGCGCAAGAGUAUCAACAGCAUCAGCAGCACCAGCAACAUCAACAGCACCAGCAACAUCAACAGCAACAUCAACAGCAACAGCAUCAACACCAGCAACAGCAGCACCAACACCAACAGCAGCAGCACCAACACCAACAGCACCAACACCAGCAGCAGCAACAGGUUGUGCCCGUCUCUCAACAGCAGAUGGUGCCCGUAAGUGUGGCAGCCGCGCUACAUGUGGUUGCCGGUAAUGUGGUUAACGGCGGUGGAGGCGGCGGUCUAUCGACGCUGGAUCCCAACGCUAGUGUCUAUACGCCCAAGACAGGCAACAUGAUGGUGGUGCCGCCCGUUGGCAUGAAUCCCAAUGGUGCGGAUGCCUGACGCCAGCAGCACCAACAGCAAUCAUCUGCGUCAUCCUCGCAUCAGCUAAUGAGACGACAAGUUUGAGAUUAUUAUACUUUAUAUGAAAAGCAACAGAAAACAGCAACCGAUUGAUUUAGACUACAGUAGUCGAACAGAAGGCGAAUGGAUCAGUUUGCAUAUGAUAUAAUGAAUGUCCGUACUAAGCAUAAGCAGUUUCCUUUUACACCCCACAACUACAACAGUAUCACACAGUA